UUCUUUUCUUUUUAUUGUUUGUUUUCGAGUAUAAGUUCUCCAAUUGGUGGGACUAUGUGUGAGUGUGAUAAUGAGUGACAAUUUUGUCUGCUUCGUUAAACCUAGUUUAGGUUCGGUCGGAUAAUUUGAGAAAUUAUAUUUUUAGAGUUUCGAAAAUGUUGAGAUGUACUCCGAAUCUCUGAAAAUUCAAUAAAGUUAUAUGGAUUUGUGCAAUUUUUCAUGCUAUCUCUGAGACGAUAUAUGAGAUAAGGCAAUAUCUGUAACGCUGAUUUUAAUUAUAAUAAACCCAUGAUAAUGAAGGCCCAUUAUCAUAUGGGCUCAAAGCCCAAAACCUCUGUACACAUACAAUGUUCUAGAGCAACAACGGUAAUAAAUGAGUAGAUUUCAAAUUCAAACCGAUUUCCACGUGAGACGCACGUGAUCCAGGACCGGCUUUUGAUCCAACGGCUCAGAUAAUCGCGUUGGCUCAAAGCUAGUACAAAUUCAAAAACCCUUCCACAAAACCUACGCAUUCUUUAAUUAGGGCUUCUCCAGUAUAUAUUCACACACACAAACACUCAACGCAGCGCUAACCAAUUCCAAUCCAUCUCCAUCUUCUCUCUCUAGCUGCACCAUCCGCCUUUGCUUUGUUUAACUCUCUCUCAAAAGGAUCAGCCGCCGAUCGAAUGGCGUUGCCGAAUCAACAGACUGUGGAUUACCCUAGCUUCAAGCUUGUUAUUGUUGGAGAUGGUGGCACUGGAAAGACUACCUUUGUGAAGAGGCAUCUCACUGGAGAAUUCGAGAAGAAAUAUGAACCAACUAUCGGUGUGGAGGUUCAUCCCUUGGAUUUCUUCACUAACUGCGGGAAAAUCCGAUUUUAUUGCUGGGACACUGCUGGUCAAGAGAAAUUUGGUGGGCUUAGGGAUGGAUACUACAUCCAUGGACAAUGUGCCAUCAUUAUGUUUGAUGUGACAGCUCGAUUGACUUACAAGAAUGUUCCAACGUGGCACCGUGAUCUCUGCCGGGUCUGUGAAAAUAUCCCAAUUGUGCUAUGUGGCAACAAAGUUGAUGUGAAGAACAGGCAGGUGAAAGCAAAACAAGUUACAUUCCACAGGAAGAAGAAUUUGCAGUACUAUGAAAUCUCAGCAAAGAGUAAUUACAACUUUGAGAAGCCUUUCUUGUACCUUGCCAGGAAGCUUGCCGGUGAUCCUUCAUUGCACUUUGUCGAGUCCCCGGCCCUUGCUCCACCUGAAGUUCAAAUUGAUUUGGCUGCACAGCAACAGCAUGAAGCUGAGCUCUUACAGGCGGCCAGCCAGCCCCUUCCUGAUGAUGAUGAUGAGGCAUUCGACUAAAAAGAUUGCGCGACCCAAUUAUGCAUGCGUGCUUGUUGGGGUUUUUGAGGAUUUUGUUAUCUGAGUUUGAGGGUUCUUACUGUAGAUGUAGUUUCUCUUGAACUGCUGGUGGAUUGUUGAUUUCAUAUGGUUGUGGGAAGAUGCUUUUUAAUCUUCUGAAUAUGUGAGGUGGUAUUAUUUGUAUCAGCUAGUCUUUUAUAUGAACAAUUGAUAUAAAUAUUUGCCGUGGUUUUCGUGGAACAAACAGGUUGGUUGAUCGAUCCAAGUUUCCAUUGCCACGUUUAUAUA